CAUCCGUCUGCCCAAUGUUCUUUGUGUAUUUAAACUGUAUAAACAAUUGAAAAAACAAUAAUUAAUACUCAUAGAGCUGCAAUAGAGGUUCGGCUAGCCAAUGAGUAUCAACUUGUAUAUACAAGUGCUGAACACGACUCUGCAGACCAUCGCAACCCAAGUGGAGGUAUUCGCUGGCGUUGCUCUGAAAGCAGCCGUCAACGUUCGCGGGGAGCUGGGGAGUCUGACCGAGGAUUGGCACUGGCAAAAUAGCCUCAUCGAGUUUACCGACCUGCAAGCCACGUUGCUGAAGGUACUGCUGGUGCUGCUGGCAGGAACGUGUGUGCUUAUCGCCUGGUCCUGGUCCGUGUACGGUCAAGUCAUCACCGAGAAAUUUGUCAGGCCAAGUACGCUUAAGGAAAUCGAAGAGCUUAAAUUAUCUGUUGCCAAAUUGAAGUUGCCCAAGGAGCACUCACCCCGCAUAUAGACAUGUCGAAGAUCAAGAAGUUCUUUUCGAAGAAGAAGGAGGAGGCAGCGGCGUUCAAA